GAAAAAAAAAGAAUGCUUCGAGAUGCUCUCUCCUCUCUCUUCCUCAUAAUUUCGCUCGUGGGUAGGUGGCUAUCUAGGGUCGCCGCCGUUGUCCUCGCCGUGUGUGUGCGAAAUCAAUUCCAGGAGACCUGGCUCCCGAAGCUGGCCUACCCUGUUCGGAGUGAGGCCCAGGAGAAGGGGAGACAAGAAGCCCCUCUUAUCGUCAGUCGCCCUUUAAGAGUUUAUAGGGAUUUUGGCUGGCGUGGAGAAAGACGGAACCGUGUGAGGAAGCGAUCGCUCCCGAUUGCUGUCGAAGAUCAUCAAAAUUUCAUGGCUCGUCCGUGGAAGAGAAGCAAGCAGGGGCCAAGGAUUCUAUGGCGAUUUUGGCUCCCCCUCUCGUCAGAUUUGGAUGAAGAAGUUUCUGAGUUUGCCUCAUUCGCGGGGAGAGAGACCCAGAGCACCACACCUAAAGUAAAGCAGGCUGGGUUCUGUGGUCAGAAAAUUCAAAGUAUCCCCUUUGGGGGUGGGACUCGUCCCGGGACAGUAUGUGGUGUGGAAGAUGGCUCUGGCCAUUUGAAUUCCAAUGGCAAUGUUACAUAUAACAGCAAAAACGAAUUCGCUAAAGUGAUUCUAACUUGAGAAGCCUCUGGUAGUAAUGGUACUCUCGAGAUAGUUCCAAAACAGAGGAAGCAGGUGAGACGAUUUCGACACAGUAUUGCAAGCGACUCCGGCAGGGAUAUGGUCGGUUGUCCUGGUGGCGCCAAUGAUCGGAGACUUCGGGGUGGAAGGCGAAUCUGCCGGGGAGAGAGGGGUGUUUUGUUUUCCAAAUCCCUAUUCUGGUUAGGCGAGAUUGCGGCGGCAAGCUCCAACCGCAAAAUCUUCUAAUUCCCCCCCAGGAGAGAACUCCUAAUCCAAAACAUACUCUGCCUGAGGAAAAUUACAGAGGGACACGUCUCUUUGGGGAGAGGUCGAGGCUCAAGCAUUAUAAAUUGGGACCGUUUGC